GAGUCGACUUCGCGCUUCACGUUUCACGCAACCACAACCUUCAUGGCUUCUAACAAUGCGGAAGGACGUCGUGAAGAUGCUUUCGUCAAGCAGCGCGCUCAGAAUCGUGAAGAGUAUGAGCGCCAAAAACAGACUCUUAUCAACGAAACAGAAAAAUCCCGUCCCUCAGCCAACAAAUUCGUCGGUCAAAAUGACUCCAUGGAAGAAACACUCAAGAACCAGACUAUCGGUCUAGUGAGGCUGGAGGACUUUCAGCAGAGAAGGAAAGAGUUGGAGGAGGCAAAGGCACGUGAGGCUGCUCGCACCAACGAACUCAAGGACGCAACAAAGAGGAUAAAGAAACGCAAGAAGACAAAAGCUACCCUAUCAUUUGCCAUGGACGAUGAAGGUGACGUCGAAGGCGACACCUCAUCACGUCAAACGCCCGAGGUCGAGAAUGAUGAACAAGCGUCUAAGCGUGCCAAGUUCCGCAAGAAUCCCAAUGUCGAUACGUCAUUCCUACCUGACCGUGAUCGAGAGGAAGCGGAGAGGAAAGAGCGUGAAAGGUUGCGCCAAGAGUGGAUUCGCAGACAAGAAGAGCUUAAACAGGAAGAAAUUGAGAUCACCUAUUCGUAUUGGGAUGGGAGUGGACACAGGAAGUCGGUUGUGUGUAAGAAAGGUGAUACCGUUAGCGCCUUCUUGGAGAAGUGCCGACAGCAAUUCCCGGAAUUGCGAGGCGUUAGCGUUGACAACUUGAUGUACAUCAAGGAGGACCUCAUAGUACCUCAUCAUCACACGUUCUAUGACUUCAUCAUUAACAAAGCUCGUGGCAAGAGUGGGCCGUUGUUUAAUUUCGACGUCCAUGACGAUAUUCGCCUACUUGCUGAUGCGACUAAGGAGAAAGAUGAGUCGCACGCUGGUAAGGUGGUGGAAAGGAGUUGGUACCAACGAUUUAAACACAUCUUUCCUGCCUCUCGAUGGGAGAUAUAUGACCCAGAGAAAGACUACGGAAAGUACACUAUCGCUUAAUAUUGUUACGUUCAUAUUGUGUAUGCAUUGCGCUUUGAAGACACACCAUACCUUCCGUUGAACUCAGAGAGUAUCAAAAAAAAUGAAUGA